AUGAGUAGUGAAGGAUGUUACAUUUUUUGCCAGUCUCCAGAUGACAAUAAUGAACAACACAGCUUACAAAACAAGCUCCGUGCUAACAGAAGUGUUCUUGCUGCUGCCAGCCGGUUCUUUUCCAUCCUGUUACCUGAUUGUGAGUUAGACCUAGAUGUCUGCAUCUCAAUUGAUCUGAGCUUUGAAGAACUGUUUUGUGUUCUUGAGUACAUCUAUUCUGGGAAGCUGCUGUGUUCAGUCAAAAGCAAAGACAGAAUUUUAAGUAUUCUAAAAGAAUUUGAUAUUUUCGUGCCUGAUCAUCUACAGAAUUCAGUAGACUGUGGAAGAAAUGGAAGUAGUGAGGCAGAAGUGGAAAUAAUAUUUGAAGAAGCCAUUGCAAGUGAACCAAAAACUACUAAAGAUCCCACAAACAUUUCAGAGGAUAAAUCUCCCUUUGCAACUUCUGCCGAUGUUCGUGUAGUAAAUAGUGGAGAACUAAUUUUACGAGAACCCAAUAUUUCAAGCUCCAAUGAAGAUCCCUUCCAGUAUGAAGAAAAGCUUCCAGAAAAAUUCUCAAACAGUCAUAAGAUGUAUAGCAACAAAAGUAAAACUCAUUGUGGAUCAAAAAUGGCUAUUCUGAAUUCAAACACCAAUGUUACUGAAACCAUUGUUGAACCGGAAAUCUCCAGACAUAAAGAUCCGGUCUUCACCGUAGUCACCAACCAACCCACUUCGCUGGAAGAAACGCUUGAAAGUAUCGUAUCGUCAGAGAUUGUAGCGGUUGAACCUCAAGAUAACCCAUCGCUAAGUAAUUGUGAUGUGCAUAGAAGUAGUGUAGAAGAUGAAUGGACUAUUCAGCAAAUACCGGAUAGGCAGACCGUUACGCUGCAGUUCCCUGCCCAGAUUCUUGGCAGUACGACUUUGAGCGCACUAAAAAAGGGAAAAAGAAGAAAAUUACAUUUGUUGAGGAAGAGACUGAAGACAGUGACCAAGAUCCCGAAGAUCAAGACCAAGAAGAUUCUCUUGGUUACGAAGAAAAUGAUGAAGUCAAAAGUAAAUCAGCAGUACAAACAUCUAACCAGUCUGACGAUCAAAGUAAUGGUUUUGAACCUCCGCUCAACUUUGAAGUAGCUGCAAAAAAGCUGGAUUCGUGUUUAGAUCAAAGUACAUCUACCCUAAGAUCGGAUGUGAAGCCUAGUUUGAAAGGAAUCGGAUGUUCUAGUUCAUUUGAGGAUCUCACUCCAAACCUGGACGUGAGUGAUAGUGCUGAAGAAGAAGAUAUUAUUCCUAAGUUGAAGUGCACACAAAACAAUGAAACCUCAAACGUCGAAGAACUAUUGGCCCUCUGCUCGGGAAAAUUCCCUGAUUCACUUUCUGGAAGAGACACGCAAA